AUGGAAGCUCUGCAGCGACAGUACGCGUCAACCUUGCGAGCCCGGGAGUGUUUAUUUUCCUUGCAGCAGGACGCCGCCGACUCCAACUUGAGGACGCUGCUGGCCCACUACGGAAUUACACCUCCCACUGCGAGCCCAUCCUUCGUUCUGAAGAAGGGAGUCCAAGUUUUCAGGAUCGACAGGGCAAAACAAUCUGCUUACAGCGAGCUACUACGGAAAUCAAGAAUGCGACUGCCGGAUUUAAUUCGCAUUGUGCGCGGAGAAACAAGUAGCGACCCCCGCCCGAACAAAGCCUUGAGCGUACCUGAUCAGCUCCCGUGCUGGAAGUCAUACCAAUACAAGGACGAGUGGCGUGAUAUCGUCACACAUGGAGUGCGACCAACAUGGAAGAAUGAGUUUCCAAAGCAAACAAGGCCACCCCAGAACCAUGGAUCAGCCUUGCCAGCUCUAAAUAUUGUGAUCAAAAGCCUUCGAAAAGGCCAAGAUGACAAUAGAUACCUGAUCUUGGACAUCAAUUUGCUACCACUACUCGAAGGAGUCACCUGCAGCCCGUUCGGGGCGGUACCAAAUGGAGAAGCCGACCUGAGCGUGGAUGGUCGGGUGAUACACGACCUCUCCUGUCCGAAGGGCACCUCGGUAAACGACCAAGUGCAAGAUGAGCCCACCAUAACUGUCACGUAUGAUGGAGCUGCAGUGUUAGCCCAACGGAUAUUGGAUGUCGAGCAAGAAUUUCCUGGUUUAGCUCGAAUGGCUACAGGGGAUGUAGCUGGUGCAUUUCGCAAUAUUCCGCUUGCAGCAGAGGCGGCCUGCCGAUUUGCAGGGACUUUGCCUGAACUCGGCAUUCUGGUGAUCGAUUUAUCAUGUCCCUUUGGGUGGUCAGACUCUCCACGGCAGUAUUGGUCUGCAGGAGGGGCAAUAGUUCAUCUGCACGCGCAGUCAUCGCCGACGUGGCCCGAGCAAGGUGCCACAGCUAAUGGGAACUUCGAUGGGAAAGAUUGGUGCGACGACCACAUCUGCAUAGAACCCGAGGUGGGGACCCGGUUGAGUGAAGCCAGUAUUUCUCUGCGGACAGCGAUGGUCACGAUUCUGGGACCACACGCAUGCAAUGAGGAAAAGUUUACAUCUUGGUUCGUCGAAGGAAAAGCAUUGGGACUGCAUUGGAACCUGACGAGAUUGACAUUGGCGAUGCCGGAGGAGAAGAUUACGAAGGCUCUUGGACGAAUACAUGACAUGUAUGUAUCUGAAACAACGACCAGGAAGCAGCUCAAUAAACUUCUUGGGAGUCUACGGCACGUGGCGACCUGUAUUCGCGCAACAGCCCCAUUUUUCCAACGAAUAGCGGCUUUAGCCAGAGCGACAAAUCGCUUCCAGCGCUCUGCCAUUUCGGAGGAUGUACGGGAGGAUUUACGC